ACAGCAUGAUAAAAGCAGUGUGAUAGAUUUUUCCUUCUCCCGAAAAUAAUAAAAAAUUACAUAAAUUCUUCCGGAUUUAAAACAUAAUUAUUUCUUUGUUUUUAUUAAAAAUAUAUAUCGAGUCAAUAGUAAACAAAUAAAAUACACAAAAUGUAUAAAAUAUUGACAACAUAUCGAGGAACAUGUACCCGCUUAACAACACAAUGCUAUUUACAGGGACUCCAACAUCAGAAUUGGUAUUCUGCACGGAGACCCGGUUUUUUCUCUCAAUUCAUUGACAACAUCAAAAAUGAAAUGGACAAAAAUAAAGAAAUGAAAGAGAACAUCAAAAAGUUCCGUGAAGAAGCUCAAAAACUCGAACAAUCCGAUGCGUUGCAAUCGGCGCGGCAAAAAUUCAAUGCCGUCGAAUCGGAAGCUCAAAAAAGUUCGAGCAUUCUUAAAGAACAACUUGGCAGCAUUAAGGAGAAAGUUAGCGAUGUAAUUGGAGAAGCUGGCAAAACAGAUUUCGCCAAAAAAGCCAGUCAAUUGGGAGAAGAGCUGUCGAAAUCCGCCAAAGGCGUUACCGACACGAUUUCCGAAAAAGGAGGUAAACUGGGAAAGUCUGGUGCUUUCCAAACUAUUUCCGAUACAACGAAGAUGAUUAAACAAGAAAUGGAAACACAAAGCAUACAAGGCCGUGUUUAUAGAAGCCCCGAAAAGCUUCGAAAACGUGUCGAAGUUGUCACCAAUGCCGAUGACCGAAUAGUCGAAGCCAACAUGGAUGCGACUGGCGUCGAACUACAUAAAGACUCUAAAUUCUAUCAAUCUUGGGAAGACUUUAAAAACAACAACACCUACGUGAAUAAAGUUCUAGAUUGGAAAAUGAAAUACGAAGAAUCAGAGAAUCCCAUGAUCCGGGCAUCGCGAUUGUUGACUGACAAAGUCUCCGAUGUUAUGGGAAAUCUAUUUUCCAAAACCGAACUCUCUGAAACACUCACCGAACUCUGUAAAAUCGAUCCUAAUUUCGAUCAAAAGCAAUUUUUGCGUGAUUGUGAGACAGAUAUCAUUCCCAAUAUCCUCGAAGCCAUGGUCCAUGGUAAUUUGGAAAUUCUCAAGGACUGGUGUUUUGAAAGCACUUACAAUAUUAUUGCAACUCCUAUUAAUCAAGCAAUGACAGCUGGUCUAUAUUUGGAUUCGAAAAUUCUUGACAUUGAAAAUAUUGACUUGGUUAUGGGUAAAGUCAUGGAACAGGGACCUGUUCUAAUUAUUACCUUUCAGUCGCAACAAAUAAUGUGCGUGCGAGAUCGUAUUCACAAAAAGGUUGUCGAAGGUGAUCCAGAGAAAGUUAUGCGGGUGAAUUAUGUUUGGGUAUUAUGUAGAGAUCCGAAUGAAUUAAAUCCUAAAGCAGCUUGGAGAUUGUUAGAGCUGUCGGCUAAUAGUCAAGAACAGUUUGUUUAGGAAUUAAAAAAAAAAAAACCUAUUUUUAAUUUUUAUAUUAAUUUAGUUAUGAUUUAAUCAAAAAAUUAUUAAAAAAAUACAAAUUGUUUUAAAAAAUAAUUAGGCUUGUGUACAUAUAAAAAACUGUAUUUUAGAGAGUGAUUGAAACUACAAAUUAAACGCCGAAACAAUUUUAUUUUGUUAAUUGUUGUUAAUUAACAAUAACUAUGAUUUUUUGGAUUAAAAUAAGUUGUUGCAAAAAGUUAA